CUUGACACUUUAUUGGUAUUCUUAUUAAAUAAUUACAGCUUGAUCUCAUCAUUUCGACGACGAAGCCCUGUCCUGACCUCGGACAAGGCCCUACCUGGUCCAGCAUCCCAAAUCCAAAUACGCUAUCAAUAAUAGCUCGGCGUCAAGGCCAUUCUCUGGCGUCAUUACGGAAGCGUCAGUAACCAUAUCUUUUUGACAACGUGGCGACGAGGACUGCUCUGCAGACUGUUCCACUUUCAUCUGCCAGAGACGGUAGACCACAUCACUCGAGCAAGGGUUCGACGUCGCGUAGCACGAUUGGGUGCGUGAAGAAGAAAUCUGCACUGCGAGGGACUCUAGCUGGCUGCCAGGAGUAGCAUGAAUUGAGUUGAACAUGGGCUGCUGUCAAUCGAGAAGCGACUCACCUGCGCCCAGCUCGGACGGCAAUCGACCUCGCGAUUCCUCGAGAGCGGGUUUCCACCAGCAGACCAGCUCGCGGGAUGGGAAUGAGCCAUCGUCUUCCAGGAGACAUGCGACAAACCCAGUGGUACGGCCGAACAAGCCUAUUGAACGACCUAAACCUCUCGAAACGAGCCCAAAGAAUGUUUCUAACCGGCCACCUCCAUGGACCAGAUCGCAUCUUGAGCAGCAGAGGCGUAUAUUCUUCGAGACAAGAGUGACUGGAAGACAAGAGAUCUGGGAUGCACUAAAAGCGGUAUGCGAAUGUCUUCGGCAGGACGACAUCGCUGAGGCUCAAGCAAUUCUGGAUGCUGCCAACAUUACUUGUCCACACGGUAAAGUCGGACGAGGACGCACGAGAGAGAAACAGCGAGAAGGAGUAUACGACGAACAAGGGCAGUUAUAUGAUCUGCCUUACUGGGUGGUAACAGACCCUCAGGACAUCGUAGAAGAUGAGGGUAAAGACAUUGAUGCUGAAGCGGAAGAGGACGAAGAAGACGAGGCGAAUGACGCUUCACUGGCUCGUCGCCAAGAAAAGGGCAAAGGUCGGGCAGAAUCUAUCGGUGAAGAGAUUCGACUCAAGGUGCGGCUCAGCGACCGUGCCAGCGACAUAGAGGUCACCAUUGGAUCGAAGCAGAACGUGUCUGUGGCUAUACGUGCAAUCAAAGAUCAAAUCAACGUGAGGCACUGCAGACUUGUCUAUCUAGGCAAGGCUCUGGACGAGGGCAAGACUCUGGAAGCACAAGGCUGGAAGUCUGGGCAGGUCGUAAAUGCUUUCGUCUUCGAGGGAGACGAGAACGCAAUCCAGAAGGGCAGGAAGCGAUGAUGACCGCAACGCUUAGCAGCAGUCCUGGGAUUCAUGCUUGGGUCAAUGGGCGAAGUUCCCUUCGGCCAACGCUGAGCUUAGAGGCUCGAGCAACGGGAAAUCUUGCGAACGAGAGACGACAUCUACGCAAAAGCUUCAAACAAGAUCAUUUCGUACGGUUAUGGCGUUUUGGCUGAUGGCAUGCUUCGGAAAGGGAGCGAAGGAGCAAAGCAUUCAUGGGAUGAUGAUACCCAAACGGUCCUACAGUACCUUUCUCAAGAGCUGGGCAAGGCGCAUUUCAACUUUCAUUGUGUAAUUUACACAGUAGUACUCGACUGAGUCUCUUUCCGUCUUUACCAAUUCACCUCAGUUCAAGACG